CAUGACGUCACCGCGUCAAGUGAUUGGAGCAGCGCAGCCGGGAGCGGAUUACUCUCAUUGUUUACAUUCUCUUUACCGUCGCAUUUCUCAUUGUUCUCCGGUUUUACCGCAAGACUGUACAUCUCUCAUGACUAACGCAAAGCCCAGGUUGUUCAGUGUGGUUACGAUCCAAGUCUGAGGCCUCCCUCUGAACUGUGACCCUCUCUGCCCAGCUCACCUUGGGCCAUGGUUGAAGAGGGGCAGCAGAGUUUGGAGGCCAAUGGGAGCACAGAUCUUGAAGACCAACACUUACAGGUCCCGUUCCCAAUGCUGCAUGGAGAGUGUGUGGAACACGUCGGGAGGGGAGAGGCGUCUGUUAUUGCCUUAACCACCUACCGCCUUCACAUCAAACUACAAGACAAUGUCAUCAAUGUUCCUCUGAAGCUUAUAGAAAGUUUGGUGUGUCGUGAUCUGACACAACUGCACCUGACUUGCAAAGACUGCAAAAUUAUAAGGUGUCACUUCCUGUCACCAGAGCAGUGUCAGGAUUGGUUGAGAAGGAUCACCGCUGCCAUGCGGCUGCCGGCCAGACUAGAGGAGCUCUUCGCAUUUGCGUUUCUCUCGUGCAGUACAAGUGUGUCUGAUGAGGAGAGAGAACUGCAUGAUGGGAUCUGCCGUGCAGGAGGACAUCAGCAGAGGUUUAAGCGUGAGAUGGAGCGGAUGAGCUUUGACACACACAGGUCCUGGAGAAUCUCCAACAUCAACAGCAACUACAGGUUGUGUGCCAGUUACCCCAAGCAGAUUGUUGUGCCUGCUGCAAUCACCGACCAAGAACUGGAAAAGAUAGCGGCAUUCCGAUCUGGGAAGAGAAUCCCAUCUGUUGUUUACAGACACCAGAGUUCGGGCGCUGUGAUUGGUCGAUGUGGGCAACCUGAGGUCAGCUGGUGGGGGUGGCGUAACGUUGACGAUGAGCGCUUGAUUCAGGUCAUUGCGAAAGCUUGCGCCGCAGAUCCGCACAUGAACGGCUCGUGCGUUCGACAUCAUGUGAAGGGUACCGUCGGCGACUCUGACCCUCACGUGGCCAAUGGGAACGUGGCGGCAGAGCCCAGCGCCACAUCCCCUCAGAAGCUGUUAAUAAUGGACGCCAGGUCGUACGCUGCAGCUGUAGCCAAUCGAGCGAAAGGGGGCGGCUGUGAAUGCCCAGAGUACUACCGUAACUGUGAGGUGAUGUUUAUGGGCAUGGCCAACAUCCACUCCAUCCGCAAGAGCUUCCAGUGUUUGCGUACUCUCUGUGCUCAAGUCCCUGAUCCGGUCAAUUGGCUGUCUGCUGUGGAGGGCACUAAAUGGCUCCAGCACUUGUCUCUGCUGCUGAAGGCGUCUCUUCUGGUGGUGAAUGCAGUGGAUCGGGACCGCAGGCCCGUCCUGGUGCACUGCUCUGACGGCUGGGACAGGACGCCGCAAAUUGUGGCUCUAUCCAAACUGCUCCUGGAUCCAUUCUACAGGACCAUUGAGGGUUUUCAGGUGCUGGUAGAGAUGGAGUGGUUGGAUUACGGUCAUAAGUUUGCCGAUCGCUGCGGUCACGGGGAGAGCGAGGAUCUGAACGAGCGCUGUCCGGUGUUCCUGCAGUGGCUGGACGGUGUACAUCAGCUUCAGAGACAGUUCCCAUGCUCCUUUCAGUUCAACGAGGCCUUCCUGGUGAAGUUAGUUCAGCACACAUACUCGUGUCUGUUUGGGACGUUCCUGUGUAACAGUGUGAAGGAGCGCGAGGAGCGGUGUGUUCAUAAAAACACGUGUUCUGUUUGGACACUCCUGAGACCUACAAACCCCGCCUUCCACAACAUCCUCUAUUCACCACGAUCUGAAGCGGUUUUGCACCCCGUGUGUCACGUGCAGAAUCUGAUGCUAUGGAGUGCCAUCUACUUGCCUAACUCCGCCCCCUCCACACCCUCUGAUGAGUCAUGUGUGCCAUACUUCGCCCCCUUAGCCACACCUGCAAGCAGAUUACCAAAGACUCGGUCAUACAACGACUUGCCCACAUCUCGUGAGAGUUUAACGUCUGCGAUUCCAAACCACCGCAGCGACCCCAACCUGAACGAAAAGUGCCAAGACAACACGCUCACCCGGGAGAUCACCAUGACAACAGAACCCGACACGACAAGCACUCCGACGUCAGAAAGGAGCGCCGACGACAGUCUCAAUAAUUCAGCGACAACACUGGAUUAUCGACUCAACUGGACAGUAUGUGAAAUCAACGAUAGUAAUCCCGAAACGUUAAACUGUGACCUGCGAGGUACCACGGGGAUAUCUGUGGAGAAUGGAGUGACUGACAGCCAAAUUAAGAAUAUCUUACAGGAAGCGAGGGAAGAGGACAACAGGAAGUUGGACUGCGAUAUUCCAGACGACUCUGCCGUAAAUGGCAUGAUUGGCGCUAGGCACUCUUCAAUGGAGAACCACACCCCAUACACGCGUCUACCAUCACACACUCCGUCUGAGCCGCCCAAAUCACCCAAAACUCUUAAAGGCAUCCACCCACCUCCCCAAUGUCCCGUUCAACCUCUCUCUCCACCGUCGACCAAUCAGGACAGCCCUCCGUCUUACCACGGCAGCUGUGCCGAGACUUCAGCAGCAGGUGACGGUUCUCUAUUGACGCCCCACAAUCAUUCAGCCGGUGUUUUGGAGCACGGGGCUGCAGUUGCUCAGUGUUUAACGGCCUUAGAUCACCAGGAUAAGGACGGGUUGAGUUUUCACAGUGACGCCGUACAGAUACGUCUGAGGAAGAUGGAGGCGGGGCAUCAGUUGCAGGUGGAGAUGCUGAAGAAACAGAUGCAGGAGCUGUGGAGCCGUUUACACGUCAACGGGAAACUGACGUCUCUUCCGGACGGCGAGAAUAAUGUUGAUUCUGGCUGUUUUUCGCGCUGCAGUACUGAACUCUUGUCACAGUCCAACUGGGACCAGAUCAAACAACAGGACACAGAGGUUACACACUGGUACUCGGAUCACCCAGCAUCCCGUUGCUAUGGUUGCGAAAGGACGUUUUGGCUGGCGGCGAGAAAACAUAACUGCAGGAACUGUGGGAAUGUGUUCUGCGCCAGCUGCUGCGACCAGAAGGUGACGGUCCCGAGUCAACAGCUCUGUGAGCCAAACCACAUGUGCCAGGCAUGCUACGGGCACCUCCGGCCCUCGGGCGUGCCCCCGCACUGCCCCCCGCUGAGCUGGAACUUGAGAAACCCAUUACUGCCAGCUCAAACUAGAACUACAUCCCAAAUAAAACAAUAUGAGAAGCCCAAAGCUGACUAAAGCAGUCUACACAACAAUUCAUAUUCUGUCAUCAUUUACUCACCCACAUGUUGUUCCAAACCUGCAUGACUCUCUUAAGUGGAACACAAAACAAAUUGUUUAGCAGAAUGUUCAUGCUGCUCUUUUCUAAGUCGGGGCUAAAUUUGGUUGCACCACCAGUAGUUGGUAAACUCAUAGUUAAUAUGAUGUUUAACUUUAUUGAUCCAAUAAGCAUCCUUUAAAUGUGUAAGCAGGACGGGUACAUACAUUUCACCAUGAUGUUCAAACCUUUUUCUUGAAACACAUUAUAUGAUACAUAAAAAAAUAAGUAAAUAUAAUAAACAGGAGGCAGAUAAUUCAAUAUGUAAAUAAUAUUCAGGACCUGUAAAUAACAUAAAUAAGUGGAAAUAAAUAUUUACAACAUAUAAAAAAAUUUUUUUUUUUAAAACUGAGCAUUAAUUAAUUUGGGGGGAAAUUAAUUAGAUGAUAAAAGUUGUUCUCGAUUUAUAAUU